CAGGUGCUUCAAUCAAACUCCGUUAAUAUCCAGCCUACCAAUGCGAAGUGUGUUUUGAAGGCCUCGUGUACAACAUCAACACCAGUGGAUAAUAUGGGGCGGUUGAACUUCUUCGUCCUUUGGUCUUUACGUGACGCCCCUCGUCAGUUCAUUAGUAAGUCGAACCGCAGGUGCUUUCAAGUCCACAUCCCACUGCCCUUACCGAAGCAGCUGGUGAUCUUCGGUCUCGGGGAAUGGAAAUGCAGCGAGGCCACAGUUUUAGUGGAGGUCCUCGUCAGCGAGGAUGUGGAAGCCCAGAGAAUUGGCAUCCUCUCCUCUGAAACCAGGUGUCUUACAUGGGAAGGAGAAUGGAUCCCGGAGAUUGUUGGGGCAGCAGCCGAGAAAGGUAGAAAAGGGGUGUAUGGGAAGAUUUUGCUCACGGUUUGUGGAAAGGACAAAGACAGUUUCAUCUGCAGUACUCCACUUGUGCAAAGGAAACGUAUGUUCCCAGAGCAGCACAGCGACCUUUCCCACACUUUGACCCAAAGCACGCUGAGUGUAAAGAUCACUGACGAUUCUUCCCAAUUAGAAGACAGUGUUAGAAAUGCUGAAUUAAUGUCACAGACUGACAAAUGUGAAACGACGAUUGACUCCUUUAUAGUUAAUGCAUCCAUCAUUCUGUCCAAGGAUCCUACCUCCUUGUGGAAGGUUGGUCCGAGAGGUCCAGUCAUGGAGGAUAUAAAGAAUAAUGAUGAGUCCUCAUCCCAGCCCCCAAACGCAAAGAGAAUAAUCCUAAGGAUGAACAGCAAAGAAAAUAUUGUACCAAUCAAGAAAGACAGCAGAGUGGCCCAGAACUCCAACUACAUGGCCCCAUCGAAACGCUGGAACCACACCAUGUGUUUGAUUGACCCGGAUACAGCUGUUGUGAUUGGAGGGAAAACAUCAGAGCAGAAACACUGCAAAGACUCUCUGUGGAAACUGGAGAUAGAACACAACUUGUGGUUUCCCAUUAACUCCUCGACCUCUGGCCCCGCCCCACCCUGCGUGCACGGCCACUCGGCGACCUUUGACCCUGUCUCCAAGGCCCUGUUUGUGUACGGUGGCUUUGGAGAGGACAAAACCUACCGUGACCUGCAUAUUCUCAACACUGAGACCUGGACCUGGAAGUUGGUCACUGCAAAAGGAAAAGUCCCAACAUUGGCCUAUCACACGGCAACCUUUUACAAGAAGGAGCUGUACGUGUUUGGGGGAGUUCAUCCAAGCAGUCACUCUGGGGAAAAAGCCUGCACUAACUCUCUGUCCAUCUUCAACCCCGGGGAUGAGCUGUGGUACAAGCCCAUCGUAGAGGGGGACAAGCCACUGCCUCGGUUUGGGCAUUCAAGCAUCUUGCUUAGGGACAAGCUGGUUGUUUUCGGGGGCAGGAACACGGCUACUUACCUCAACGAUCUGCACAUCCUAAAUCUUGGAUUCAUGGAGUACACAGCUGUGCGGUGUGACAACAUGGUGCCACUGCCCCGGGGGUUCCAUGUGGCCCUGGCAGUUCCUGGCAACAGGAUGUUGGUCAGUGGAGGCUGCAGUUCCAUCGGAGACCUGCAGGACGUUCACAUCUUCAACAUGGACACCAGCACCUGGAGCUCAGUGGCAGCCCCCCUGCUGUGCUCUACGCCCCGGGCCGGACACGCCCUGCUCAGCCUUGGCUGGUCCCAGCUGAACCAGCAGGGGGCUGCCGCCCUCCAGGGCACACUGCUGGUGUUUGGUGGCUCGGACUGUUCAAGAACCGUGUACAAUGACGCCAUCAAGUACACGGUGGAUGUCCCUAAUAAGUAAAGGCUUUCAAAGGAAUUAUUUUACAUGGUGUUUUUGUCAUGAAUGGCCUUUUUUCAAUAACCAUCUUUCAAUAAUGCUACAAUUUCUACCUAUCGGACACUCAAAAUAAUGUUUUAUCACUUUAGAUCCUUAUGCCUUCUUCAUAGACAAUUUUUUAUAUUAAGACGGAUCAAUUAUGUAUGGACCUUGUCUAAAAUAUCUUUCUCGAGAAAGUCCUAGACGGUGUACUAUAUGCUAUGUUAAGUAUAAGUAAUAAUAUGAAAUGUUAAUAAAAAUGUAAACUUGCACAUUCCCUUGGAUUUUGUUUGAAAGAC